AUGGAGGAUCAAUGGUAUACUGGUAUAUCUAUGAACUUUGGAGGGCAGAUUGAUAAGGCAGUCAAGGCAGUGAAAAAGGACGGGCAUGUUGUGACAAUAGUAGGCCCUGUAAUUCCACCAGCAACUAUGUUUGUGCUCACUUCUAAAGGGUCUAUCUUGGAGAAACUGAAACCUUACCUGGAAAGUGGGAAGGUGAAACCAGUGAUUGACCCCAAAAGCCCGUUUCCAUUUUCAAAGACUGUUGAAGUUCCUAUUUUCAAUGGAGAACACUAUGACUACUGGAGCUCUCAAUUGAUGACCAUUUUCAUUUCCCAAGAUCUAUGGGAUUUGAUUGAAGAUGGUUUCCAAGACCCACCUAGAACUAGGAAUUCUUCCUGGACUGAUGAAAAUCAAAAGGAGUACAAGGAGAAAUUGAAGAUAAAUGCUAUUGCCUUGAGGAUCAUUCAUCAUGGGGAGUUUCAAGGCUCAAAUAAAGCAAUCUCCGUUAAGCUUCAAAAUUUGUGGAGAGACUUUGAUAAUUUGACAAUGAAAGAAACUGAAUCUGUCAAAGAUUUCAAUUCAAGAGUUGCUAAGAUUGUUAAUCAAAUCAAGAGCUAUGGAGAUACUAUUCAAGAGCAGAAACUUGUUGAGAAGAUACUCCGGAGUUUGCCUCAAAAAUUUGAUCAUGUAGCAGCAGCAAUAGAAGAAUCCAAAGAUCUAUCAGUUCUUACCAUGUAUGAAUUGAUGGGGUUUCUUGAAGCACAUGAAGGAAGAUUGAGCAGAUUUUCAAGCCAGCCAUUGGAGCAAGCAUUUCAAUCAAAGCUGAAUGUUUCUCAUAGUGAAUUUUCCAAAGAAGAACAAGGGAAAAGAGGAGGCAAUUACCAAAAGAAGGGUCAGUAUGGAAAAGGCUGA